AUGGAUUCAAACAGCGCCGGAGGCUCCGGUUCGAGCAACUCCAGCGACUUUGUUCGCAAGCUUUACAAGAUGCUGGAAAAUCCCAGCGACGAAAGCGUAGUCAGAUGGGGGAACGACGGUGACAGUUUCGUCGUGCUUGAAAACGAGAAAUUCACCAAACACAUCCUUCCCAAGCACUUCAAGCACAGCAACUUCGCCAGUUUCGUUCGCCAGCUCAACAAAUAUGAUUUCCACAAAGUGCGACACAACAACGAAGAGAACGGUCAAUCACAGUAUGGCCCUGGUGCGUGGGAAUUUAAGCACCCCGACUUUAAGAUGAACAACAAGGACGCACUCGACAAUAUUCGCAGAAAAGCUCCCGCGCCGCGCAAGCCCAACCAGACGAGCGCGGAUGAAAUCGGCCUGCCUUCACAACAGAUGGACAUGGUCAGCGGACAGUUGAUGGCAACCCAGGCUCAACUGCACACUCUGGAGCAACGAUACAACGAACUCAGCAUCCAUCACUCAAUGCUGUUGCAGGAAGUUAUUGGCCUUCAGAAGACCGUUGUCAACCAUGAGCAUGUCAUGCAAAACGUAAUGACGUUCUUGCACGGGGUGGAUUCCCAACAGCGGCGCAAUAGCAAGCUGCUGUUCAACGGAUCAGCAGCACAGAACGGAAACGCCGAGCCCCAGGCACAAGCCAACGACGACGAUCACCCAGCCUCUCCGCUACAGCACGCUUCUAAGCUUCUCAGCGAAACCAAUGCCGACGUAAUGUUGAACCCCAGGAACCUGGAGCACAUGAAUGAGAUCACCAUGAGGAUGAACGGUACGCUGACAACACCACCACCGGACCUACUACGUGGUAGCACUAGACCUACCAGCCGCGGACCACCCUCGGCCACGUCAACCGGCUCGAUGCGUCUUGACAACCUCGACAAUCUCGUCUAUCCUGUUGGCCAGAACAAUGGAAUCGACCCAAUGUACAGCGAGCACAUCAACAACAUUCCAUACGCAAUGCCACCCAAGGCGCCGGAAACGAGUGAGGCCAAACCCGUAGAAGUCAGGAAGAAAGGCCAGUUUGCAGACCCUGGAUGGAUUCGUCCGCCGCAGAUUUUGCUGGUUGAAGAUGACCCCACGUGCCGUCGCAUCGGAAGCAAGUUCCUUUAUGCUUUCCAUUGCGCCAUUGACAGCGCUCUUGAUGGACUUGAAGCUGUUAACAAGAUGAACGCUGGGUCCAAGUACGAUUUGGUGCUGAUGGAUAUUAUCAUGCCAAACUUGGACGGUGUCUCGGCCUGCCAUUUGAUCCGACAGUUCGACACGACGCCGAUUAUCGCCAUGACAUCGAACAUCAGAAGUGACGACAUCUCCAUGUACUUCCAGCACGGCAUGAACGAUGUACUACCGAAGCCAUUCACGAAAGAGGGUCUACUCCACAUGCUUGAGAAACACCUGGUCCAUCUGAAGAAGGCGUCGCCGCACGGUGAGGCGAUGCCGGCACCUCAACCCGUACAAGUACCCAGGCAGCUUAUGCUCAAAGAGGAGGACUCGCCGGCCAAAUCGCCUGCAACCGUCAGCAACUGGAACUCGCCGAACCAGCUGCCAGGCGUUUCGCCCGUCGGAAGUAAUAUGCCGGACGAGUACGCACAAGGCCUGCAGGUUCAGCCGCCGCAUCAUCCGGUUCCUUACGGUGUCAACCCUAUGCAACCGGGCAUAGGAUAUGGCGCCUCGGCUCAGAUAUCGAUGCAAGCAAGACAACAGCAGCAACAACUUCCCCCGGGAGGUCAUCGAAGGCAAAUUUCCGACAUAUCGGGAGGCGACGAUAUGACCAACCCUGCCAAGCGACAGCAGAUGUUCCCACCGCAAUUGCCACCGCAAAUGCCACCACAAAUGAACCCCAUGCAGCCGAGACCGCGAUGA